AUGGUUUUGCUCAGAGUUCUGGAGCCAAGCUACCCACCCAGGGGCUGCUCAGGUCUCAGGAACAGUAGGUCGGAAACCAGAGAGAUCUCAAGGAGCCAGGCUGGAGCGUACCUGCUUGCGAUGGAGGCUUCAGCUGGCCAAAGGGGCGAAAGCUACAGGUCGCAAGAGAAGGUGAAGCAGACUGGGGGCCACGGCAGAGGCGAGGGUGGUCCUGAGAGGCUGGUUCUGGAAAGCAGAGAGUCCGAAAUUCAAGGGAGUAGAGCAGAAGGAAAAAAGGUGACCAGUGUGCCCCACAUAGGGAAGAGCUCUGCUACCAUCCCUACCAGAGGCUCACUCAUCUGCCAUGCAGAGGGCUUGGACACGGACACCUUCAAAAUUUGUAAAGAAUAUCUCAGGCCACUGAAGAAGUUCCUGCGAAAGCUGCACCUGCCCAAGGACCUCCCACAGAAGAAGAGGUUGAAGCACAUGAAGCACAGCCUUGUGGUCCUGGGGGACCACAUCAAUACCUUUCUGCAGCACUGCUGCCGCACCUGGGAAAUCAAGCACUGGAAGAAGAUGCUCUGGCGAUUCAUCUCCCUCUUCUCAGAACUAGAAGCGAAGCAGCUUCGUCAGCUCUACAAGUACAGCAAGAGCAACCAGGUGACCAAGCUGCUGGCGGUGUUCCGGGAAGAGGACCCGCAGAAGAGCACAUUGCUGGCCCAGCAAGAGGACAGCCUGCCCAAGCUGUGCAACGCCUGGGGGCUGAACGGCAACCUCCGGGGCAUGCAGGAGAGGCUGUCCAAGAUGCAGGCAUCUGGCUGGGAGGUCUCCCUGCCACGGGAGCCAGGGUGCCAGUCAGGACUAGAAGCAAGGAGAGGUAGGUAAGUGUAAGCUGAUUGGGAGGGUGGAUCUGCGCUGCCCCAGCAGGAGCCCCUCUCCCCCAGGUUGGGGUGAGGUGCAGGGCAGAGGUGGGGUGAGGGCCCCAGCCAAGGUGCAGCCUGGGGUGAACCCUCCCGCCCUGAGACAGGGAGAGAUUUUGCACUUCUCCACCUGUCUCCAGCGCUAACUGCUGUGGAAGGGAAAGGUAAGCAGUUGGCCCAAGGUCCCUGGGGGUAUUCUGGAGUGGACCCUGCAGUUCCUCUCAAGCCCUGCCUGGCUAGGGUGACUCUAGGGCAACCCGACUCAGGUGGCCUCGGGCCAGCUGUUCCCUCAGGCUCACAGGCAAGCAGGAGAGAAAACCAUCAGUUGCAGAUGGCAUGGAUGGGGCCUGUUGAGCCCUGUGCCCACAGUUUAAAUGGAGGAAGUCAGAGGUACAAUGGAUUCCGGGCCAGGAAAGCCUGUGCGGAACUAGGACGAGUGGUGCAUGCUACUCAGGAGGCUGAGGCAGGAGGCUGAGGCCAGCCUGGAUACCUUGAUGAGAUGCCAUCUCAAAAUGAACUUAAAAGGAGCUGAGGAUGUAGCUCAGCACAUCCUGGCUUCAAUCCCCAGUCCCUCCAACCAAACCAUAAGAAAGAAGAGACUUGCAUGGCCAGUAGUCCAUGAAUCAGAUGAGUUCUGGGCCAGACUUUUUCUCUGCCAGGUGCCAGAGGGUCCCCCCACCAUCAUACUAGGAUUGAACCCCAGCCUUCUCCCUGAGCUACCUUCUCAGCCCUUAUUUCUUAAGACAGGAUCUUCCUAAAUUGCCCAGGCUGGGCUCAAACUUACCAUCCGGCCACCUCAGCAUCUCGGAUUUCUGGGAUUCCAGGGGUGUACCACCACAGCUGGCUUCUGCCAGGCCUGGGCAUCUUCAUUUCACAUAGGCCUUGCAGCAUCUGGAAAAAGUAGUCUCCAUUGCUUCUGUGAGCCCUCAAGGCCACAGGGCUCAGGGUGUGGGAAUCGGGACAGGCUGGGUUAGGGACAGAUCUACUGAAAGGAUAAGGAGGCAGAUGGAGGAGGGCAGAGUGGGGGAGGGGUGUGCCAGGGGGCGGGGCCACCGGCUGAAUGCCCCACCCCCGCAGUGAGAGAAGGAGAGAUACAGAGCAGGGGUAGAAGGAGAAAGAGCCUUGGUCUGUGGCUGAGAGGUUUGGGUUUCGCAGUAAACAUUUUCACUAUUAUAUACAUAGAAUGUUAAACACGGAUAAGCAAAAAUAAGAAAAUACCAACAACACAUUGUCAUCACCAUUGUUAACACUGCCCACGUUUUUUUUUCAAAUGUACUUUAUGGUAUUUUGUUUUUUGGGUAUUUUUUUUGUACCGGAGAUCAAACUCAAGACCUUGCACUUGCCAGGCAGGCCCAUGUGCUGAUGAGCUAUAGCCUCGACCUUUUUUUUUUUUUUUUUUUUAAGACAGGGUCUCACUAUGUGGCCCUAUGUAGGCUGGUCUUGAACUUGCAGUGAUCCUUCCCCUUCAGCCUCCCAAGUGCUGGGAUUACUGGCUGCAUUAUAUGUCUUUUAACAAAAACGAGACUGACUAUGUUGCAUAUGUGAUUUUGAUCUGACUUGCUUUUGGAGUUAGUGGUAUCAGCUUUUCCAGAUCAAAAUUUUCCUUGCAUAUAAUAAUUGGAUUAAAUAGUCCAUAUUCAAAUUUCACAGAUAGCUGUUCCCAAACCAUGCAUUCUACCUGGUUAUGUCUUUUCAAUCUUAUGAAAGAAGACUAAGGGGGGUUCUUAGUCUUAGUCUUCCAGGCUGUUUCACCUCCUGAUUGUUUCUGGUUGCUUCCUUUUGGCACCUUUUGCUUGUUUCUCAACCUACAAACAGGCUUUGAAAACCUUGGAGGAAUUAAGCUCAGAGAGGGGGUGAGAGAUGAGGUUGUCUUCUUCCUCUGUCAUGUGAGAAAGCACUUAAUUCCUGGGAAACCCACAAUGAGUGGGUUAAGAUUAUUCCCCAAGUCACCCUGCAAUUGAGUAACUUGCAUAAUGUCUUUGUGGUCAUAAGAACAGUUUGCAAGUCUUUUUUUAGUUUUGUUUUGCUUUUUGGUUUUAUUUGAGGCAAGGUCUCAGUAUGCUGGCCUCGAAUUCACGAUCCUGCUGCCUCAGCCUCCCAGGGCUAUGAUCACAAACCUGUGCCAUCACACCCGGCCACACAUCGGCUCUAGGCUGAAGCUUGGCUGUGGUGUUUUUGAACAGCAGCAAAGCACCAGGAAUCGGGCCAUGAGCCACAGAAGGGAAUUGGGAGGAAUCAGCACAAAGCCAGAAGUCAGGAAAACCGGGGUCUGGUCCUGACUGUGCCCCUUACUCACCGAGAGGCUCCGGGGUUUCACUUCCUUAGUCUGUGCCAGCUCUGGGGUCCCCGUCUGGAGAUCACGGGUGAUGCCCCCCCCAACCCAGGAUUUCAGCAAGAAGACAGGAAGGGACAACGUCAUAAAGAAGAUUUUAUUUUCCUUCUCUGCUCUCACCAUGUCUUCCACAUGCUUUUCUUUUUCUUUUUGAGAUAGGGUCUCCCCGUGUAUUUCAGGCUGGCCCUGAACUCAUGGCAAUUUUCCUGCCUCAGUCUUCCGAAUGGGGUUUAUAGGCGUGGGGCCCCACAGCUGGCUUCAUACCCUCCCCUUACUUCUGAGAUGCUUUUACUGUUUGUAAUUCAUCAGGACUUUCUCUGACCUCUCUUUCAGGUUCUUUAAGGAAACUGCCGCAAAAAUUAAAAUUCAA